AUGUCAACAGCAGGGUACUUAAAUAAAUACAAUAAUAAGAAAUAAAAUGAUACUAAAUCUAUUGUAAGUUAAUAAUCAAGUAAAAAGGUAUCAAAUUUAUAAUUAUAAAUAGAGUACAACCACUGAUGUAAAAACAAAAGAAGAUAUAUUAAAUAAAAUGCAAUAGAAUGAAGAAAAACAUCGAUAAUUAAUGAUAGAAAAUAAUAAAAGAAGAAAGGAAUAAGAAAAGAAACUUAAAUAACAAGAAGAAGAAAAACAAAAAUAAGCAGCUGCAUUACUUGAUCAAAGAAAGAAAACUAAAGAAUAGGCUUAUAUCAAUUAUUUAAGAAACAAUACUAAAUAAAUAUUAGCAGACUAUUAACCAAGAUAAACUGAUUAUCCUAAAUAAAAUCCAAAACCUCAAUUAGAAAAAAAAGUAUAAACAAAUUACAAUAAUUUCGAAGCACUUGAUCUAGAAGUAUCUCAAGUUGCUAAGAAUAAAAAAUUACCUUAAGAAUUUUAAAAAUAAUGGGAAGAUUUUGAAGUCAUGAGGAAAAGUGAACUUUUAGAUAGUCUUGACUUAAGUAUGGCUUAAAAAUAAAAACCAACUCCUAAUUAAAAAAAAAAUGAUUUAAAACAAUUAUUAGGAUUACCAGAAGAAUGUAGUGAUGAAGAGGAAGAUUUGUGGAAGAACACUAUGAAAAAUGGAUAAUUAGCUAAAUAAAACUCAAAGCCUCCUUUAUCUAAACCUACUUAAUGGGCUGAAUAGGCUAUAACUUAAGCUGAUGAUGUCUUAUCUAAAAUGAGUUAAAAACAAGGGACAGAUAGAGAUAAAAGAGAGCAAACUUCAUAAAAAUUAUAAUAAGAAUCAUCAAAUGCUAAAUAAAAGCAAGCCUCUUCAUCUGUUCCUAAAAAAAGUACUCCAAAUAAAAAUACAGAGCAUAUGAAGAUAUUAUAGUAAAAAGAAUAACAAUUACUAGCUUAAUAAAUGUAAAUUUAACAGCAAUUAUAAUAAAAUACUGUUGAUACUAAUUAAAAUAACAAUAAUAUUACUUCUCAUUAAAAUCCUCCUAGAAAGCCUCCAUAAAAUAUUAGAAUAACAAAUAAGUAAAUACAUAAACAAGCAAGUAGUGUUUAAGAUGAGUAAAACCAUAUUUAAGAAUUUCUUCAGGUAUAGAUUUGUGAUAAUAUUAUGAUAGGAGGAUCUUUAAAAUAUAAAUGAUAUGGAAAUGUAGAUAUAACUUGAACUAUUAAAUUUGAAUAAAGAAAACAAAUAAAAAAUAGAAUAAGUAUAAUAAAAAUAUGGAGUAAGAAAUUUGUAAUCUUCAAAUCAAGUAAAUAGGGUAGUUGUUGUUUAAAAUUAAUAUCCAAGUAUUAUGCAUUAAUAUUUUAGUAAAGUCCUAAGAAGAUUAAAUUGAGGCAUCUUUACUAAAAUUAGAUAUGAUGCUUUAAUAACCUCCUUAAAAACCAAUAGAAUAACCAUAAUACUAAUAAUAGUUUAAUAAUUAAUAAUAAUAACAAUAAAUAAGCUACACAAUUCCUUUAUAAUAAAAUAUAUAAUAGAAUACUUAUUAGUAAUAAUCUAUUAAUUAGGUCAAUUAUUAAUAGUAAUUAAACCCUUAAUAAUAUUAAUAAUUAUUAGAAUAGUAAAAUUUACUCUAAUAAUAAUUGAUAAAGGCAUAGUAAUAAAUAUAAUAGAUGUAGCAAUAAACUCAACAAACAACAUAAUCUUUUAAUUAGUAAUAAGGAGAUUUUCCUCAAUUUCCAUCUUAUGUAUUACAUUAAGAUCAUUAAUCAUUUGUUCAAACAUUUUCAAAUGGAAUUCCCUAAUAAUAAUAAUAAUAAUAAUAAUAAUAAUAAUAAUAAUAAUAAUAAUAAUAAUAACAAUAAUAAUAAACAUUUAAUUCUAAACCAAGAAAUGUUAUAACAAGUGAUCAUCAAAGUGUUUCAAUAGUUUCAUCAUAAUAAAAUGAUAAAUAUACAUUUGAUUUAGAUUUUGGAGUCUAAAAGCAUCCCUAAAAUACAUAUACUUAAUAGGCUUUAAAGAAAAUGAACCAAAAGUAAUCAUAAGUUAAAUCAAAUAUUCCAAUUGAGGAAGAAGAUGAAUAAGAAGAAGGAAAAAUAGAAGUUAGAUAAGAUUUAAGAAAUCUCCUUUUUGAUUGA